AUGGCGGCUACGACACACACGAGUGCCGAGCUGCAUGAAGCGGCAAUUCUGCACGGAUCUUUGGGAACUGCCUGGGACACGACCACGGCGGAGGCACAUGCGAAGUAUAACGUCUCCGACCACCCCAGCAUCUGGCAGCGGAUCGCAGACCAUUGCCUGCCAUACUCGAACGGCAAAGUCGUUGCAGACCUCGGGGCUGGCGAUGGCACGCUGGGGAAGCUCUUGCAGGCGCGGACCAUGUACAACGUGGAUCCAUUCCCUCCGGACAACUGCUCACAGAUGAUCGUCAAGAGCGACGGUGUCGAGUUUCUGCGUCUCCAGCCAGAGCAAAGCCUCGACCUAGUCGUCGCCACUUUUGCCGUGCACUUCAUGGACAGGGCCAGCCUUGACAAGGAGCUUACACGAGUACUGUGCCCUACUGGCCGAGCCAUGUGGUGCAGCUUCUCCAAGACAUCCAUGCUUUUUGGCAACGAGGACUUCAAUCGACUCUACUACUCGGUCGGAUUUGAGAAGGAUGGUGGUGCCUCUGCAGCCUCUAUGCCAACCUCAGUGCUGAGGAUUUCCCGGCCUGCGUCCUAUGCUGAUUUGCGGAACCACAUUGAGAACCGAUGUCACAGCAAUUUGAAGCAGAUGUCUGAUGAAAUGAUAGCUCACUUGAUUUCCUUAAUUCCGCGUGACUUGAAAGAGUUGGACAUCCGGUUGGAUGUCUUUGAAUUCGUCCCGCAAUCCUCCAGAGAUGGCUUGGUCCAGUGCCUUCCGGAAGCCCUCUGUGGCAGUUGA